GUUCCUGCUUCGUACUAGGAUGGAGCCGGAAGAGGGGACGCCCUUGUGGCAGCUGCAGAAAAUUCCAGCCGAGCUGGGCCCGCAGCUUCUUCACAAAAUAAUUGAUGGCAUUUGUGGCCGAGCUUAUCCUCUCCACCAGGAUUAUCACAGUGUUUGGGAUUCAGCAGAAUGGAAGAAUGUUCUAGAAGAUAUUACCAAAUUUUUCAAAGCUGUAGUUGGUAAAAAUUUAUCUGAUGAAGAGAUAUUUCAGCAGUUGAAUCAGUUGAAUUCAUUUCAUCAACAAGCUGUCAUGAAAUGCUUGAAAAGUAGGAAAGAUGAAAUCAAGCAGGCUCUGUUAGAAGAAAUAGUUGAUAUUUCUUCUGCACAGCUACAGGAUUUUGAUUGGCAGUUGAAGCUUGCACUGUCUAGUGACAAGAUUGCUACUUUACAAAUGCCACUUUUAAACCUUCAUCUAGACAUAAAAGAAAAUGGUGAAGUCAAACCAUAUUCUGUUGAAAUGAGUAAAGAAGAGCUGCAGAAUCUAAUAAAUUCCUUGGAAGCAGCUAAUAAGGUGGUCCUGCAGUUGAAAUAACCAACACUCUGAGAUUCUACUGCUACCCCAGAUGCGGCCAAGUGAAUACUGUGUGUUCAGAAUACCUGCGCUGUACUGACUGUUUUGCUAUGCUGAGAAAGCAGCAUGUUGGGCUUACAGAGAUGAAAAUAUACCCGCUUCCCUGCAGAACAGGAAAUGACAUGGUCGACAGGAAAUGCAUAAAAAAUGAGAGAUGAAAAAGCUCUAAUAGCAGUUUAUAUUUUCAUAAUGGCUGUUUUGCCUCAUUUAUUAAAUAUUUGAGAAACCUUUAUAGAUACACAGUUUUAUUGAAAGCUAAAAAUAAGCUCUAAAGUAAUGUAAACGUACAAAGCACAAAUCUACUUGAAUGUUGCUUAAAGGAAUAUAUGAAUAACAAGGAUGUGUAUUAUGGAUAUAUAUGAUUAAUUUGUAAUAUUUUAAAAAAUAACUUUUAAAGAAUGUAUGAGCUGCAUAUAUAACUCAGGAGAUUCCAUAUCUAUUUCAAAGGAAAGAUUAUAAAAUACAAAAUUUCUUAGAGAAAGAAGCUCCUCUUCAGACAUGAACAAGAAAAAAUAAUUAAAAUUGUGUCAACAGUUUUGAGUUUAUGAAUUCUAGAGAUUAAAAUCUUUUACUCGAGUGGGAAAAAAUGAAAGUAACACUGUUACUUCUGCACUUCUGUGUCUGAUUGGGAGGCUGUGCUUCGUUAAAAAGAAUCGAUGUCAUUGCAUAGUGUAUAUAUAGCUAUUCAGGUAUCAGCUGAGAUUAAAUAUAGGUCCAUUUUUGUUACAGACUUUUAAUAUUGAAGUUAAUAGUUUGGGGUGUUAACUUCACUGGAAAACAAACCAUUUUUAAUUUCAGUUAACUAAAAACAAGCAUUCUGAACAAAUAAAAAAUGUCAUUUUACUUUUACAUAUUGCUUUAUUUCAGAAGACUUUCUACAUAAUGCAGUGACCCGUAAUUAAUUGGUACCUGCUGUUUGCGAGCUUAAUUGCUCUUUAGAGCAUCAGACUAUUAUUUGAGGUGUUCAGAACAGUUAUUACUAUUUCUCAUCAUAGAGAUGAAGAUAGGCUUUGAGAGCUUAAAAAAAAAUACCUGCUCGUGAUCUAGGCAGUGCUCCUCAAAAUGUGUCUGUAGACUAAUGCCAGUCUUCUGUGCACUGUUUGUUACAGGUCAGGGAUUAGAUGAGGAGCGCAUGCCAGAGUGUUCAUCAAUAAAUUGCUUUUCUCAUUGAGAGAUGUUGAUUAUGGAAAAAAUAUCAGCUGAACGAAACAGUGUGCUUAGGGAGGUCAUUGACUUACUCCCUGUGCAAGUUCCUUAUGUCACGGACCGGUAGCGGUUUGCAGGCGAGCACUUUAAAUAAUGCAGAUGAUCGCUGAUGUACGAUGGUUUGACUUAGGAUUUUUUUACUUCACUGUGGUGGUAAAACAACCUGCAUUCAGUAGAAACCAUACUUUGAAUUUUGAUUUUUUUUUUAACACAUUUUGCAUUUUGAUCUUUUCCUGGGCUAGCAAUAUGCAGUCCAACACUCUUUUCUGAUGUUGGGCAGCGGCAGCCCCGCAGCUCCCAGGCGGCCAUGCGGUCACAAGUAAACAGCUGAUAUCCUGACAACCAUCCUUUACCCAGACAACCUUCUGUUUCUCACUUUCAGUAUAGUAUUCAGUAAAUUACAUGAGGUAUUCAACACUUCAUUAAAAAAUAGGCUUUGUGUUAGAUGAUUUUGCCCAACUGGAGGCUAGUGUAAGUGUUCCGAGCAUUUAAGGUAGAGUAGGCUAAGCUGUGAUGUUCAGUAGGUGAGGCAUAUUAAAUGCGUUUUUGACUUACAGUAUUUUCAGUUUAUGAUGGGUUUAUUGGGAUGUAAACCCAUCAUGUUGAAGAAGAUCUAUACUGAUUUAAGGUCCUUUGGAAUUUCAACCCUCCAUUUUCUUCCUUUGAUAAGCAGAAAAUCUUGCUCUACUUAUUCUUCCUCUCACCACCUUAUUUAUCACUCCAUUAGAAUAUUUAACCACUUUAUUGAAAUCUCACCAAUAUACUGUAAACCUCACAUAUUUAAAGUGUAUAAUCUGGUAAGUUUUGACAUCUGUACACCCAAGAAAGCAUCACCUGUCAGGAUGGUGAACAUGGCAGUCACUCCCAAAAGUUUCCUCCUAUUCUUUUGUAAUCCCUGCUCCUGUGCCCUCCCCCACAACCCCUGAUCUACUUCCUGCCACUCGUAGAUUUGUUCACACUUUUCAAGAAUUUAAUAUUAGUGGAAUCAUACAGUAUGUACCUUUUCUUUUGAUCCAGCUUCUUUCAGUAUUGAGUUCAUCUGUGUUGUUGCAUAUAGCAAUAGUUCAUUCCUUUCUCUUUUUGAGAAGUAUUCAGUUGCAGAGUUUUACCAUAAUUUGUUUAUUCACAUGUUAAAGGAUAUUUUUGGUUGUUGAAAAUUUUUAUGGCCAUUACAUAACACAGAAUCCUGUGAACAUUCUUGUGUAAACCUUUGUAUGGACGUGUGCUUCCUUUGAGUGAAUACUUUGAGGAGUGAAAUGUUUCCAAAGUGAUUUUACCAUUUUACAUUCCAUCCCACAGUCUGAGAGUUCCACCUUCACCUGUUUGCUAACACGUGCUUUGGUCAAUCUUAAUUUCAGCUGUUGUAAUAAGUGUGUAGUCAUAUCUCAUUGUGGUUUUAAUUAUAUUUAUUUCCCUAACGAC